CAUGCUCCGAUCCUGAGCUCCAGAUCUCAAACACACAGAGACAGAACUUCAAGGAACCAUGUCUCUGGAAGUCAAGGAGAAGACAGAGGUGCGACUGGUGUUCAUGGGAGCUGCAGGUGUUGGUAAAACCGCCUUAAUAAAGCGCUUUCUUCAAGACAGCUUCGAGCCCAAGCACCGGCGCACUGUUGAGGAGCUCCACAGCAAAGAAUAUGAAGUAGCUGGAGUCAAAGUGACCAUCAACAUCAUGGACACCAGCGGGAGCUACUCAUCAGCAAUGAGGAAGCUUACAUCCAAAAUGGAGGAUGCUUUCGCUUUGGUCUACUCCGUAGAUGAUCCUGAAUCGCUAGAAGUAGUGAACCGGCUCCGCGAGGAAAUCCUGGAGGUCAAGGAGGACAAGUUCACGCCAAUCGUAGUUGGUGGGCAAAUAAGAAGAUCGGCUGAGUCAGAGCGCAGGGUGUCUGCAGACGAUGUUCUGGCCAAGGUGGAGAUGGACUGGAACAAUGUUUCAUGGAGGCUUCAGCUAAAGAAAACGAGGAACGUGAUGGAGGUGUUCAGGGAGCUUCUCCAGCAGGCGAAUCUUCCCAGCAGAUUGAGCCCAGCGUUACGGCGGCGCAGAGAAACCUUUCCUAAAGAUUUGAGUCUACGGCCACCCAUGAACAAGACUAACAGCUGCUCCAUCUCGUAAAGAAUGAAAGACUACAAGGUUGAGUUUCUGCUCAAUGCACGCAACAGCGCUGAUGUGGAGGAUCCUUUAAAGGC